AUGCGGUUAACGCGGGUUCUCUUGCAAAAACGCCAGCCCUUGAUCAAGUUCUUGGGCAAGCGGCAUACUCCGAAGCAGGUCGACCACACACCUCACGCCCACCCAGCAUCGCCCACACACGAGCUCCCUGAGUCCUUCGCCUCAUAUCGCACACGCGCUCAGCAACACGGCCCGCUGGGAGCGGCACAGACAGCGCAGCCGUAUGGAGCGAUUGGUGGGCGUCCUGGCAGGGCGCUAGGACCGGUAGAGCCAAAGAAGGGCGAGUAUUGGGAUCGGAAUGAGCUGCCGAAGAGGUUUCACAGAACGCGGUGGACAGCGGCGGAGAUGGAGGCAUUGGAAAGUGGCGGCGCCAGCAUGUUCGGUUGA